UCUCUGUGGUAGGUUUGUCUUGUUACCAGAGUUGGGAUAAUGUUAUAUACAGCUGUUUUUUCUCGCUUCCAAGAUUCAUGGCAGAAUGAGAAGAACCUAGAAGUAAAAUGUGCACCAAAUUCCUUCAUGGCUUCUUUAAAAAACGCCUCCAGAGUCGUCAGUGAGAUUUCUUUUUAAUCCACAGCUGCUUUUGAUGAGGUAAUGUCUAAGAAAUGUUAUCGUGGUAUUUCCACUGGUAACCAGCAGUAGCUUCGGGAUCUACUAGUUGUGUUUACAAACUUGAAAUCCGGCACAGUCUUUGGCUGGUGCCCGCGGCUCCUCGUACAAGUUUUGGGAAGCCAUGAGGACGGUGGAGCAACUCUGCAGGAAGGGCUUGUUGUUGUGCCUUUUGGCUUGGCGGCUCGGAUCAAAAAGUCUCGGUGUGCUUGAGGGUAUCAUUGAAUGGGGCGGUGUGUUUUGAUCUCGCCUGCCUUUGUGCAACAACUGUUUCUGAGCCGUCAGGGGGUCCGCGGUCCGACCGGCGGAGGGGGACACGGCGGAGGGACUCUGGGCUGCCGUGCUCCGUGGUGAAUGCAGACCAGUCCACUUUGGCUGCAUGUAAGACGACUUUGGGGAGAUUCUGGUUCGGGAAGGCCUGCUUAGGUGUCGUCUCUGCUCCGACAACAAAGGAAACGACUGUUGCUUGUUAAAUUUCACUCCUGCGGCCGCUCUCAGACAAACACCGAGAACGUUGUGGUGGCAAACAGCCGCCAACCUAAGUUGGUAAAUUAGGACUGAGUUUGCCAACGACGCCUGCGCAAUUUGUGCGCACACCCGAGCGCGCGCGCGCUCCCUUCAAGUCGUUUUUAAUCAUUUUAAAGUGAUUCUGUAGUUACUGUACCGGUCCACAUACAGUGUGAGUGCGUGUGUGAGGAUGGUGGAGAGCCAGAGCUGUGUUCACAGAGAGGGGAUGUACCGCUGGUUCUCCUCUCUCAACUCAGCCCAGAGGGCAGAGUUCUUGUGCGGCCUGCUGGACCUUUGCGUCCCCAUCGAGCUCCGUUUCCUCGGCUCGUGCUUGGAGGACUUGGCUCGCAAGGACUACCACUCUCUACGGGAUGCGGAGAUCAAAGCCAACAACCCCGUCGACCUGUCGGGCCUUACCAACAUCACAGAUGAGGUGGUGCGCAGCAAGCUGCUGGUGUCCCUCGCACUGCUCGGUUCAGACAACCGGGAGGCUGCGGGGGUCCUGUACCGGACCCUGACCCACAUAGACACGGUGAUCAAUAACUACGGCCUGGCGCUGAACGAUGGGAGGACAGAGGAGCAGUUUCUGCUGCUGUUCACCAUGGCAUCCAACCACCCCGCCUUCAGCUUCCACCAGAAGCAGGUGCUGAGGCAGCAGCUCAGCCAGAUCCAGGACAUCCUGCAGGCAAGCAGUGGUGGAGGAGGAGGAGGAGAAGCUCAAGCUGCAGGGCAGAGCGGUGAACGAGCUGCCAUCUGUUAUGCUCAGCCGCAUCACCACUAUCACCGUCAGUCGGUGUCCCUGCCUCUGUCCCCCCUGUCUCCCACUGCCUGCUCCCUGCCUGAUGCCAGCGCUGCCUACCUGCCUCUGUCUCCCUGCCAAGCUUGCCUCACACACUGCACCUGCUGGCACAAGAGCCAGACCAGAGAGACCGGCAGUGUAUUAGGAGCUGCUUUGGGACAAGGAGACCAAACAGUCAGCCAGGACCUGACUUCUCCCCACCAAGAACUCCGUCCUCCACCACCACCUCCUCCUCCCCCUCCUCCACCACCUCCUCUGCCGCCCCCUCAUCUGCCUUCUUCUCCACCUGCUGGGCAAAGUCAGGAUGCGGCAACUAAGAGCCAGCAGGGGAAUUCUGGAAAAGCGGUGAUUGAAAGGGUGGUGCUGAAAGUUCCUCACAAGCCUGAAGACUCCAGCGAGUAUAGUUUUGAGGUUAGCUGGUCCGAUGGGUUGGUAGUAUCUGUUGUAAGAACUCAGCAGGAGGUAGCAGAGCUGCUGUCUCAGGUCAGUUCCUCAUUUCCCUUUCUUUCUGUUGUCCCACUCAGGUGUCUAACAGCCCUGCCCUGCCAUGUCCUCCAGCACCAAAGUGUCCAGCUGUUCUUUACCUCCACCAGGCCUCUCUCACCCAACUGUCCCUCCUCACCCCUCUCCUCCCCACUUGCAUCCUCACUACCAACCUCUCCUAUAGCCCCAUCCUGCCCGUUCACCUCCAGCUCCAAUCUUGGCUGUAUGAUGCAGUACAAAGGAGGUAACAGGUACGAGUUUUGCCCCUCUUUGACCUCGCUGCAUUAAAACACAUGUACAGUCUUAGACGUGCACUUGUACCAACGUCGCUCAUUGGCUCUUGCUUCUCUCAGGGUGGUGUACAGAGUGGCCAGCGUCCAGCCCGUCAUCAGCACCCACAACUCCAUCUUGACUCGCUCCACUCCUCACUUGUCCUCCCUUUCCUCCCCUCCUCUUCCGACUCCGGCUCUCCUACCCUCCAUUCCUCCUCCCCAGCACUCCCCACAGCUCUCCUCUCUCCCUCCCCCCGUGCCAGCCCUGCCAGCACGUGGCUCUGCAGGAAGCGGGGCCGACAGCUCCUCCCAACCGCAUCCUCAGCAUGGUCAGCUUCAUUUAUACCCACAGCCCUCCCAGCACCACCUUCAUGCACAAACCAGCAGCCAGCCCAGUACGCAGCCUCAGACUCUGCACCUGUCCCAUUCCCAACCAUUGUCCCAUUCACAGUCCCGCUCCCAGUCCCAUAAUCAAUCGCUCUCCCAGUCUCAGCCCAAUACGCCAGAGCAGAACGGCAUCCUGGAUUGGCUCCGCAGGCUCCGCCUCCAUAAGUAUUACCCCGUCUUCAAACAGCUCACCAUGGAGGAGUUUUUAGCUCUGACAGAGGAGGACCUGAACAAGUACGACCUCACCCAAGGAGCAAAGAAGAAACUGAAGACCCAACUAGAACUCCAAAAGUCUGCAGACAGGGAGAUGAAGAUGGAGAAGCGGCCGUGCAGUGGCAUUGCCAGGGUGACGCCUUCCAGUCACAUAGGACCCUCAGCUCACCCCACCUCCAGCGCAGGAGAACUGCGAGUGGAGGUGGACGCCGUGCCGCACCACCACCCUGUCUCCACAGACAGCAGCUCGUCCUCGGGCUACUCCAGCUCUUCCUGCUCCCCUCGCACCCCACACAGUUGCGACUCCACCUUUGACAGGACCAGAGACAUUCACAGACGUGUGUUGGCUCCAGAUACAGCAGGAAGUGGUCCAGAGAAGGAUCGGCCCUGCAUGUUCAUUCUGAACUCGACAGGCUCCAGUCGCCCCACAGCCCAGGUCCUGCCCGUCCAAACCGAUCCAGCUCCUCCUCUCCCUCCCACAUGCUCCUCCCACCUCCCCUUCGGCCUCCCGCAAUCUGCUUAUCACCCACAGGGCGGUUACCCACAGACGCUGCUCUCCCCGGUCUCAAACCCAGCACGCAUCCUCACCUCCCCUCGCAAGCCCAGGCCCCCUCCGCUGGCCACAGAGGACCGGACUAAGCCGUUGGGCUCGAGCCUUCCUGUGGCCGGUGCAAGCUUCAGUUCAGGGCUCGGGGUGGGGGCUGGGGUGGGGGUGAGACGGGAAAACCUGUUCUCCAGGGUCAACAUGGAUGGCUCGUCUGGACUUCAGGACUCUGUGGUUUGUCGUGGUCUUGCGGGAGGUGGUGUUAGUCUGAUGGUAGAAACCAGCUGCGCUCUGACCUCCACCUCCAACAGCCACCACCACGUUUCCCACCCCCCUGUCCACUUCCACCUCUCAUCCUCUUCCUCCCCUUCUCCAUCUGGAUUUUACUCUUACCCCCCUGUAUCCUCAUCCUCCUUCGCCUCUUUCUCCGCUUCCUCGUCCUGCACCUCCUCAAAAUCCGCCUCUCAGACUGGCAGCUCCAGUGGUGGAGGUAGCUAUGUUCCCAUGGCAACAGCAAGCACCGUUCCUGUGGCUGCAGUCCCGGGCAACACUUACUACCCACCCCAGCAUUCCUCCAGCCCCUCUCCUUCACCCUCCUCUGCUCCUUCAUUGGAUCAAAGUUCUGGUCACAGUCCUUCCGUAUGUGUUUGCAGUUCUUGCGGUUGUCGAGGGAACUGCGGCGCCUACGGGGCGUUACCUGGAUACGCCGCAGCCAGCUACCUGCAGCCGUUCUCGGCCGGGCCCUCACUCUUCACCCUGGGUCCUCUGCUCCAUCUCAGCCCCCUGAUAGCGUCGUCCAGCACCGCCGGCACAGGCGCUGCACCAUUCUCCUACCCAAUGAUGGUACCGCCGCCCCUCUACCGCCACAGCCCGCUGUCACAUGACCAGCAGCAGGGGUUCGGCUUUUACCAGCCCCAUGGCAUCAUGGGAAACGGUGGGCAGAAAAGGACAGCAGGGAACCUGUCAUGUUAUAACUGCGGUGCCCACGGACACAGAGCCGAGGACUGCAAACAGCCACCCAUGGAUGCGACACAGCAAGGGACAUUUCGCUUGAAGUACACACCUCACUCUGACAGCAAGGACUCAGGAGACUAAGCGGCAGAGGCGGCUUUGGAUUUGAACUCCAGACUAAACUGUACCUCAUGGUCCUGCUGAAGCCAACAAAAAACACAAAAGGGACAGGAGACAAACAGCCUGCUCCUUUAGUGCGGAGGUUCACUGUUAGUCUGUUCAAAGACUGCUGAGUUGAAUCAUUGGUGUUCUUUCUUUCUUUUCUUUUCUUUCUUUUUUAAGCCAAAGCUUGCAAAGAGAUUAGAGGAGGAGGAAGAAGAUUUUAGGCACAAGUAAAAGUGGACAUUUAUAAACUCUACCAUGCUUGAUCUCAGAGAUGUAGCUCAAAGUCUUCCUCAGAGAAAACACUACAGACCGACAAUCAGUCACAUGACCUGAAAAGAAGCUUCCCAUGACAACCACAGCACUCCAGAUCUGGUCUUCCAGAACACGCAGCCUAAUCAAGUACCAGUGUUAUCCCUCCUUUCACAGGAUUUACUGGUGCACGUCUCAGCAACGUCUCAGUACCACAGCUAAUCGUUUGAGUGUUGGCUCGUUGCUCCUCACGGUUGGCAUGUCCACACAAAGAUUCCACUUUAAUCUACUAUUUCUAAAACUGGCACUGUAUGUUCAGGUGGUUGACAGUUCCAAAGUUAAUCCUGACCAAAUCCUGAGUCACAGUAUUCACAUAUUCACCUGGAUUUAAGCUCUGUUUGAUUUCAAAACGGCCUCAAUCUACCAGUUACAUAUUCAGAGGUUUAUUCAUUUGCUUUGUUUCUGGUUAUCAACAAGCAGGAGUCAAAUGUCUGGUUUGGUGCUUUACAUCUCGUGCACCAGCCUUUAUACAGGUGUGCACAGAGCUGUCGGCCACAUUUAAACUGGAACACCGUAUUUAAAUGUGCUAACAGUUGAAUGAAUGAAUUCUAACUGGCACACAGACUGCAUGAACUGGAAACCACCUUCAGCAACUGGAGAUCUAAGAGGAAAACUGGUGUCUGUUGUGCAUCUUCAGCCCGAGUCUGUAUGUAAAGAUGGAAAAUCUGAUGGUUGAUGUAAUGUGCAACCAAAGUAAGAACCAGGGGAUGAACAUGUGGUAUUGAGUGCAUGCCUUUUUCUCAGCACUGCUGGCUAAACAUUAUCACACAGCACUUCAUCCAAGACUACCAAAAUAGUUUCUUUGAAGCGUAUCUUAUCACGGUGAUGUUUGAGUGUUCAUUUUUCCAUUUGCUCAGUUUGUUUUGAUUUUUUAAAUUCGUUUCUGAGCCACCUGUUGGCCACUGUUCAGGAAAUGUACACAGGAACUUUCUGCACGAAUCUUCUAACACGUCUUGAGGGACUUUGGCAUUUUUUUCAGGAAGUUAAGUUUGUGUUAAACGGGUGAUUCGAAUGCUCUAGCUGGUAAGCAAAGGACCAGUGUAGAAGACGGGCAGUUCAGAUUCUGCUGCAGUAAAGUUGCACAAUGGAGGUGGUGGUUGCUGGGCUACGUCAGAGCAGAUCCAGAGGGAACAGCUUCUCUUCCUGCAAACCCAGGGGAGCUAAAUAGGUAAAAUAAUUAUUUUCACCUGCUUCUAUACAAAGAAGAACAUGCUUUAUUUCAGUUUUCACAAAUGCAGCAUUAAUAAUAUGCCUGAUUGAAGUAAACUGCCAGUUAUGUCCUCUAGUUUUUUGUUUGUUUGUUUUUUUUACAACGCUGUUGUUUUUACCCAUAAAAUGCUAGCACUCUGCUAAUGCAUGCUGAUUGGUUGACUGAGGACUCUCCUAAAAGAAAGUGUUGCUAAAUAACUUCUCCACUGCUGGCUUGCCUUAAAUCAAAAUGAUGAACGCCAAAAAGUGGCUCAAAGUGUGGGAAGAAAGGGAUUUUACUAAUAAUUAAACCCAUAUAUACAAAACAGAAAAUGGAACGAUAUCUAAGGUUUCAAACCUUGGAAGCAUGUUUACCCCUCAUAUGUAACAUUUUUGGGUCUGUAGGCUGCUGUGAAUUCUGGACUGCCUGGAAAGCAUCUUCUUUCUUCUGGUCGCUUGAUGUUUAAGAGCACUGUGCUUAGACCUCAAUACCAUGUCUCCACCCUUGAUGGGUACUGCACAGACUCUGGUUGCAGAUAACAUCACCAUCACUCAAACUCCGUGUUAGUUGGGCUUUUAUGCAGUGGCAUGCAUUGGGGACCUGUCAGCCAUUUUUAUUCACUUCUUGGCGAUCUGCAGCCUUUCUACCUCUGAGCACGCCAGAGGGUGAAAUGACCCUCUGUGCACAAAUACAGCAACGACAAUCAGAGAAUAUCAUGUGGUUUACAUCAGGACGAACAUUCAAAGUGCCAAUUUUCUCUUUUCAUAAUUGUGGUGUAAGCGGGAGUUGUUCUUUUGUACUUUGUUUGUACAGGUCUAAGUAUGUCGAGCAUGUUGGAAUUUUAAGAAAGCAAUAGGAAGUGCUUCUGUGUUCGGGUCUUCGACCCGGUGGGGUUGGGCGGGUGGGAAGCUGCUGAGCUGGACCCAGAGCUGCACAGACACAAGGACAGCUGGUCCUUCAGAUGAAACUCUCUUUGUACCCCUGGAGGGCACAGCACAGGGAUGUGUGGGGUGUUUAUUUAAAAUAAAAAAAAUCCGAACAUUAAGUAUGUACGCGUUUGUUUGAGGUAUCGGCAAUUCGCUUUCAUAAUGUAAAAUAAAUUGUUCUGUAUUUUAUUCCAUUAGUUACAUAGAUGAGGGAAAUUUAUAUUGCUGGUUUACCCUGUCAUUGUUUUCUAUAGAUUAUACCAAAGAACAGAUGGUUUGUAGACAGAAAAAGUUCCACUUUUGUAGGUUUUACUUACUCUUUAAGGAUGUUGGUAACUUGAUGCAUGCAUGUUUCAAAAUCUUUGUUUAAAUAUGCUUUUAAAAUAUUUGUGUGUUUUGAAAGUUUGGACUUAAUUACCCAGUUCUUUGUUGGUAAGAUUUUUUUUUAUGGCUUAAAAUUAAAUAAUUUUGGAU